ACAUCCAUCCUCUCACGCCCAGCCAGAAUCAUCCUGUACGCUGUAUUGUGCGCUUCCAGAAACUGUUGCUCCGGUCUCCCGUGCCAACAAGCACGAUUUCUCUCGCCCUGCACUUUCUCUCUCUUUCGCGUUCGGCAGAGAAGGUAGCUUCUUUUGAAGCCACCGCGACCCCUCCUCCAUCUUUUCCACGCCACUCUUGACCAUGGACCAACUCGGAAGCGAUAUGCUGAUCGAUUCAGAGUUCGAGGAGAAACAUGAUGUUGCCAUCAUAUCGCAGGAUGACCCCGACGCAAUGGAAGAUAUCGAAGCUGAACCCAUACUGAGAGCGGAUGACUUUGAUGCCAUGAAAGAGAGAUAUCUACCAGACCUACCAGAUCAGGAAGCAGAGGACGAAGCCAUACACACUUGGGAUAUCACAAAUUGGAGACAGAUGGGUCGCAAAGAACAUGGACCAGUCUUCCAAUGCGCAGGCUCUCCUUGGAGGAUUCUCUUCUUUCCAAGCGGCAACAAUGUGGACAGUGCUUCAUUUUAUCUUGAACAAGGAUUUGAAGAUAAGCCUCCAGAGGACUGGUAUGCUUGUGUGCAAUUUCUCCUAGUAUUAUGGAAUCCCAACGACCCUACAAUGCACGUCACACAUACCGCGACGCAUAGGUUCACUGUAGAUGAGGGUGACUGGGGAUUUACACGGUUUGCUGAGCUUCGAAAGCUCUUCGCCUCGUCAUGGGAAGAUAAACCUCGGCCUAUGGUUGAAAAUGACAGUGCCAAGGUGACGGCAUAUGUCAGAGUGUUGAAAGAUCCCACAGGUGUUUUAUGGCACAAUUUCUUGAAUUACGAUUCAAAAAAAGAGACUGGACUGGUGGGACUAAAAAAUCAGGGUGCAACAUGCUAUCUAAACUCGCUGCUACAGUCGCUAUAUUUCACGAAUGCCUUCCGCAAAGCAAUUUAUCAGAUACCGACUGAGCAGGAAGCAGAUCGAUCAAACAGCGCCUACGCGCUACAAAGGCUUUUCUAUCAACUUCAAAGUAGCGCGCAACCAGUUCCGACCAAUGAGCUAACCCAAUCCUUCGGAUGGGACUCCAAACAGAUCUUCGAACAACAGGAUGUACAAGAGUUGUCCCGUAUCCUGAUGGAAAGAAUGGAAGAGAAGAUGAAAGGAACUGAAGCUCAGGAUGCCCUUUCGAAGAUGUUCCUGGGCAAAAUGAAAACCUACAUAUCUUGCAUCAACGUUCCUUACGAAUCUUCGCGCACUGAAGACUUUUGGGACGUGCAGCUCAACGUUAGUGGGAACAAGAAUCUGGAUGACAGCUUCAAAGACUAUGUCCAGGUUGAAACUAUGGAUGGCGAGAACAAAUACUUUGCUGAAGGUCACGGUCUCCAGGACGCCAAGAAAGGCGUCAUAUUCGAAAGCUUCCCGCAAGUUCUGCAUCUCCAGCUCAAGCGAUUCGAGUACGACAUCAACCGUGAUGCCAUGAUGAAGGUCAACGACCGAUACGAGUUCCCUGAAUUCUGGGACGCCUCACCCUAUCUUUCUGAAACUGCGGACCGCUCCGAGCCUUAUAUCUACCACCUGCACGGAGUACUAGUACACAGUGGUGAUCUUAACGCUGGACACUACUACGCCUUUUUAAAGCCUGACAAGAAUGGCGAAUUCUACAAAUUCGACGACGAUCGAGUCACUCGCGCCACCAAGCGUGAAGCUAUGGAAGAAAACUUUGGUGGCGAUUACCCUACUAACACGGCCAACAAUCAACAACGGAAUCCAUACACCCGAACGUGGUCAUCGAAACGCUCGAUGAGUGCUUACAUGCUCGUUUAUAUCCGUGAGAGCAGAUUGGAUGAUAUCUUACUCCCUAAUCAGGAAGUUACUGUGCCCCCGCAUCUAGCCCAGCGAAUCGCGGAGGAAAGAAUUGCAGCCGAAAGGCGGAAAAAGGAGCGAGAAGAAGCACAUCUAUACAUGGACCUCCAUGUUGCCACAAAGAAGAAUUUUACUGCAUACCAAGGCUUCGACAUUGUUCCGUGGACUAAGGAAAGCGGCACCCCGGCGUUCCCGAAACACUACCGGGUUCUUCGUUCGACAUUACUGACAGAAUUUCUCAAACUGGUUGCUGAAGACAUCGAAGCUGACCCGAAUCUGCUCAGACCAUGGGCGAUGGUAAAUCGACAAAAUGGAACAGUUCGUCCAGAUCAGCCGAUAACAAUCUCAAGUUUCACCGUCGAGGAGGCAGCGAACAAAUUUGGCUCCAAGACUCCGCAUUUCCGAAUCUGGGUAGAGAGUACUAAAGAGUUAGAUUCAGAAGGAAAUCCCAUUUUUGGCGAAGUUCAAUCGGACGUUAUUCAACAACAGCCCGGAAACAAGCCGAUUAUGCUCUUUCUCAAGCAUUUUGACGCAGAAGAGCAAACGCUUUUUGGGGUGGGAACCUUCUACGCAGGUCAACACACAAAAGUCCAGGAUUUGUCCCCUCAAAUACUCGAAAUGAUGAAUUGGCCAGCUGGCACCACUUUUAAAUUAUUUGAAGAGAUCAAACAGAGCAUGAUUGAACCCAUCAAACCAAAGGCCACUCUUCAUGCAUCAGAGAUCCAGGAUGGCGAUAUUAUUACCAUCCAGAAAACACUGCCAGAGAAGGAUAUUACAGAGCUUACAGCGAGCGGGAAGUUCGUGGAGGUUCGAGAAUUCUACGAUUAUUUGCUCAAUCGGUGUGAUGUCACGUUCACACCGAAGCCCCCUACUGAUGACGAAUCUUCGUCUUUCAUGCUCACUUUAAGCAAGAAGAUGAAUUACGACCAAUUUGCAGCGAAGGUUGGUAUCCAUCUAGGAGUCGACCCGACCCAUAUUCGCUUCACAACUAUUAACCCUACGACGAAUCGGCCGAAGGUACAAAUCAAACGGACUCCAAAUAUGACCUUGGGAGGCAUCCUCUUCCCGACUGCAUACGGAGGCUAUGCGUCAUCUACGGCACCAAAGAAUGAUCAGUUGUUCUACGAGGUACUCGAAUUAAGUCUCGCAGAGCUGGAAUCCCGGAAAUUAUUGAAGAUUUCUUGGUUAUCAGAUGGUAUCUCGAAGGUGGAUGAUUAUGAAGUUCUGGUUCCCAAGAACGGCACAAUCAGUGACCUAUUAGAGGGUUUACAGAAAAAGAUCAACCUUCCCGAUGACUCGAUAAGAAAGUGUCGGAUCUUCCAAACACAGAGUAACAAGCUAAUCAAGCCAAUGCCUCUUGACCAAGACAUAGCUGGGAUUAACGAAUUCUUCGUACUAUAUGCCGAAAGAAUACCAGACGAAGAACUCGCCGAUGAGAACCCCCGACUCAUGAGUGCGUUCCAUUUCGAUAAGGAUCCUGCGAAGCCGCAUAGCAUACCGUUCACAUUUGUUCUCAAAGAGGGCGAAGUCUUCAAAGACACCAAAGAGCGGCUGUCGAAACGGACAGGUAUCAAGGGAAAGAACUUGGAUAAGAUCAAGUUUUCCUUGAUUCAAAGACCUGCAUACUCAAAACCUCAACUUUUGAAUGAUGAAGAUGUAAUCACAAACCUUAUCGGUGAUCGUGACGAUGUAGCACUAGGCUUGGACCACGUGAACAAGCAGCGGAGUCUCUGGGGAAAGGCAGACUCAAUUUUCAUUCGCUAGACUAUACAGACCUUUGAUAUAUACAUUUAUAUAUUAGAGCUGCUGUGGUCUGCCUAGCGUGCUUGGAGGAUUGGAUUGGAGAAGUUAGCUCCGCAGACGGCGAGCGACUCUAUGCAUAUCAACAGGCGUUCUUGUACAGUGAAAGAAGCAGCUAGGCAGCGACUAGGAAGAAUUAUCAAUGCGACUCUAUAGUACAUAGUGAACGUUGCUACCGCCUAAUGCUGACGUCCUAUGUGGAAGAUCGU